AUGGCAAAAAAGGGUUGCUGGCGGGAGAUCUGGCUUGUGGGAAGGGUUUUUGGGGGCCUCCCGAACGGUCGGCUUGGACGGCAUUCGGUGAAGGCGGCGAGAUCGCCGGUUGACCCCGGAACGGAACCAGCGACCCCAUGUUCAUCUUUCCAGGACCUCGGGAACAUGAAUACGUGGGAGACUCCUCGUGCCGGUGUGAACAGCACCGCCGACAACGGCGAGAGCGGUGGGGUCGAUGGCUUGUCACACGACGAGUCACCGCCGCCGUCCCCUUCUCCCGCUGCUCCUACGGGGCUGGAGGGCCUAGGAGACCCGGUCGUUCAGGAACGACUCAUGAGGGAGACGAUACUUCUAUCCCUCCUUGAGCCCCCGGAGAUGGGGGCCACGAGGGCCAACAGGAAGGCCGAGGGCAGUGGGAUGAUCGGCGGGGAGGUGUAUGCCGGCAGUCCGGAAGUAGCUGCCGCAUCCAUGGCGGUCGGGUACAGCUGUACCUACAUAGCUAGUGAGACGGUGACUAUUGAGAGCUCCGUGUCUCACGCAGGAAUCCCCUCGCCGGCGGCGGCGAGAGCGGCGGCGGGAGCAGGGGGGGCGGCGGCCGGUGACAGCCUUGGCGGCGCGGCGUCACCGCCGGGUGUUGGUGGAGGCGGGGACGACGCCAGCGGCGGUGUUGGUGACUGCGGCUACGGCGGUGGAGGCGGCGGCGGCGGCGGAGGGCAGGCUCCGGACUCCCUGGCCAUGGAGCACGGCGCCGCCGAACUGCCGUUUGCCUCCUCUCCCGACCGCAUCGGUUUGGGAUGGAGUACCAGCCGCGGACAAGAGGCGGUAUCACCACCGCCGCCGCACCCGCCGUCCGCACCGUCCCCGCCGUCCCCGCCAUCGGAGCAAGUCAGCCUCGCGGAUUCCGCCGCGUGGCUGUUCGUGGUCGGCCCCUUGCUGGGAGAAGGAGCGUGGACGGGUGCUGGUGCCGCUGGUGCCGCUGCUGAUGCUGCUGCUGCCGCAGUCUUGGACGCCCUCGCCCCGGUCCCCGUCGCCGUCCACAACACAGCGGGGGCCCGCGGCGGUGGCGGCGGUGACGGCGGCGGCGGCGGCGGCGGCGGCGAUGGCGGCGGCGCUGACGAUGCCGCGGCUCCGUCGUCGACGAACCCCUUCGCCACCUGGUUCCAUUUUGCCCGUUCGCCGAGCCCGGCGACGGGGGGGAUCUGCCGGGCAGUGAGGGCGGUGUCGGCGACAUUGUCGUCGUUGGUGUGUCCGUGCUUCGAGCGGAUGGACGACGACGACGACGACGAUAGCCAGAGCGAGAGGGAGUAGGACCGCGGCAACAAAGGAGGCGAGAGCGAGGGAAGCGUCGACAGACACAAUCAAGUGGUGGGGUGCGCCAGAAGAGCAUACGUUGUCUGUCUAGAUGAACGUCGGGUACGUCCAUAGUACAUGUAGUUCAAACACGGGCAUCGCGGCCCAAAACGAUGGGAGAUAGAAGCGACCUUUGUUUGGUGCAACUUUUUACGGCACAGCCUUCCACGAAGGAGUGCGUGAACCUUGUGUAUGGUUGAUUGCUGAUGACGUGCUCCUCGACUUGGAUUGUUUCCGCUGUAGUAUGAAGCUGUGAAGCUUGUACCUCAGUCUUUGCGCGGUGGUAGCGGUAGAUAGCAGCGCGUUGAACAGCGGUCGCCGCUUGACCCGAGGAAUGAAAAUUGGGUAUUCACUUCUCUUGCCCCCCUCCGGUGCGUUCGCUGCACUUCACUUCACGUCUAUCCUAAGCAUUCGAGAAUGAAGCAUUUUUUGCUGAUUCUGUCGCUUUGAAGUAUUUUAUCUUUUGUUUUCAAGUACUUUAUUAUUCUUUUUUUUCUAUUAGAGUGUCAAAUCGUGAAGUAUCUUUUUUGUAUACAAGUAGCAGGGUAUGGAGGUUUUCCUCUCCGACCUUGCGAUGGCGAUCUAUGUCUGCUUGACUGCGUGCUUUUCCUCGUGAAUUGCCCAGUUAAUCCGGAGAGCAAAGUGAUCUGGGGUGUUUGGUGUUCUUGGAACCGGAGUAGGUUGGGUGUGUUACAACCUCUUGAACAAAGCGAUGAUGGCCCCGUUGAAGAGGUUGAACUAAUGUUAUUCAACGUAGAUAGGCGCCACACCGAUCGGUGCACAGACUUUUAAGUGGUUCAAUAUUUCAUGUCUUUCGCUGUUUCUCUAACAGAAUAAUUUAGCGCA